AUGAGGACAGCCGCGUGGACAUGCGACGUCUUCGUUCUCAUACUCGGGUUUUGCAUUUGCGCCCGGAACCACAAUCUAAACCCCCGACAGGUGUGCUGGAAGGCCAUCCUGCAGUGCCACAGCGAGCCGGAUUGCCUCUACGCCUACGAGCAAUACGCCCACGCGUGCGCGCUGGUUUUGAGCGGGGAGCGUCGGAGAUGCCCCAGCCACUGCGUGUCGUCCUUGAUCCAACUCAACCUGACCCUUAGCGGGCCGGCCCUCGAGGACUGCGACUGCGCGCUGGACCCCCAGUGCGCCCGGACCAAACGGGCGAUAGAGCCGUGCGUACCUCGGACGCGAGCCCGGAUGGGCUGCACGGACGCGCGGCGUCGCUGCGAGGAGGAGCCGGCGUGCGGUGCCGCCACCCGGGACUACCUGUUCCACUGCCGGCGGCUGUUUGGCGGCGGGCGGCGGUGCUCGGCCGAGUGCCGCGCUGUCAUAGCGCGGAUGCGUGACAUACCCGCUGCGAGGCGGCUGGAGACGUGCGUGUGUGACGGCGCGGAGAGGAACAUUUGCGAGUACAUUAAAAUCAGCAUGAACACUUUUUGCAACGAGGAGUUUGACGGCAGCGGAUUCUCAGACACAGAGGAGGACGACGCGGAGAAUGACGAGGAGGAUCAUCACCAACUGCGAGUGGGCACAUCGGGCGCGUCUGCGCGCUUCCAGAACGCGCUCGUCAACUUGUUACUUUUAACCGUCGUCGUUUUCCUAUAA